AUGGGUGCAGAGGCAGCGGGUCAACCACAGCAGGCAGCACGCCAGGCCGCUCCCACCCAGCCCCCAAAGCCUGCUGCCUGGCCAGACUUCGCCAUCGAGCUGGAUGCCAAGGACGUUGAGCGGCUGCGGCCCGGCCAGCCGCUGAGCCCCCCCAUCCUGCAGCUGUUCUUCAGGCGUGUGCUGCCCACCAAGCUGCGGAAAGCGCGUGGGGGCAGCACCAGCGCGCCCUCGCGCUGCACGGCGUUGGAACCGGGGCUCUACCCAGCCCUGUGCUCUGUUGCGCAGCUGCCAGCCAGCAGCAGGGCCCCGGCAUUUCAGGAUGUGCUGCAGCAUUUCAAGCUGGCUGAGGCGCGGCCAGCUGAGGCCGCUGCGUCAGACAUGCCGCCGCCGUCGCCAGCUCCCACGCUGGCGUCCAGCGAUUAUUUGCUGUUCCCGCUGACGAGUGGCCACGACCCGCUGGGCGUGCACCCCGUGUCGCUGCUGCUGGCCUGCUCCAGCGGCGGCGGCCUGCUGCUGCACCUGGAUUCGCAGGCAAGCUGGAGGCGUGGCGCCGUGGUGGGGCCGCAGGAGCAUGCCAUGUGCCUGAGAGGCCACCUGCCCGCCGACUACGGCAACCAGCAGCAGCCCGCAGCCUCCCUGCCGCCCACAGCUGCACUUGUGGAGCCUGUGCCGCUGCAGCGCGGCCUGACCGACGGCGGCCUGUUUGCCGCCACCAGCGCGCUGUACCUGCUGUCUGGGCUGCCGCCGGCGCUGACGCCGCAGGCGGCGGAUGUGCUGGCGGUGUACCGCCGCACCGAGAUAGACCUGUUUCAGGACAGCCACUACUGCUACCCGGGCUUCCUCACCCGCCAGUGGUACCCUCCAGAGGCCGCCGAGGCGCUGCGCCGGGACCUGGCGGCUGCGGCCUCGGGCGCAGGGCAAGACUCGCAGGUGCCAGGCAACGAGGCCCUGCUGCAACAGCUGGCGGUGGUGGAGCAGGAGCUGGGGCAGGCGUCGCUGCGGCGGUUUGAGAUGCCGUCGGAGCGCGUCAAGCGGCAGCAGCAGAAGAAGCGGCAGCGGGUGCAGCGCAUGCCGCGAGCGCUGCAGCGCGCCCGCUGGGCCACGCUGGCCGCGCCGCUCCAGGUCGCCCCUCCGGCGACAGAGGCCGCGGUGCGUGCAGCGCUGCAGGCACUGCAAGCGCAGCUGCUGGGCAGCGCGGCAGGCAGCAGCGCGGAGCAGGCUGGCGGGCGGGCUGGUCUGCCUCCCGCCGCUGCUACCCGCAGUUGGCCCUUGGGAGGGCCGCAACAAGCCCCGGCCGCAGCAGGGGCCGGCCCCACCGGUGGCAGCGCGGGCCGCGGACGGCCGCAGCGGGCGAGCUCCAAGCGUGUGGCGGAAGUUGUGGCUCAGGAGCGGCAGGCAGAGGUGCUGGACCUGACUGGGUGGGAUUCUGAGGAGGAGGAGGAGGCGGAGGGGGGCAGCACAGAGGACGAGGAGCAGCAGGCAACGCAGAGCAGCGGCGGCACCGGCUGGCAGUUUCACGAGUGGCCCGAUGCAGCGGGCAAGGCAAGAGCAGCUGAGGCCGGCACAGCAGCGGAUGCGGCAGCAGCAGCAGCAGCAGCAGAGGCAGCGGCGGAUCUGCGGCUGCCACCGCAAGAGGUUUACAUGGUCGAUUUGACAGCAGAGGAGGAGGAGGAGGAGCAGCCCCAGCAGCAGGCAAACGCGGGCGGCUUGCCUUUGGCUGCACAGGCGCACCUGGUCUCGGUGAAGCGCUCGCAUGGGCUUGCCUUUGGCGCGUCAGAGGCGGCGGCAGGACAAGAUCUAGAGCAGCGGCAGCAGGGUGCAGCAGCCGAAGGCGUGGAGGGCGAGGCAGGGGCGGCCAAGGAGCCGCGCCUGUCGUGCCGCAACUGCGGCUUGAGCGGUGUCAGGCUUCAGCGCUGCUCAGCCUGCAAGUCUGUCUACUACUGCUCAGCGGCAUGCCAGAGAGCCGACUGGCCACGCCACACGCCCGAGUGCGGCAGCCUGGCAUCGGCGGCAGCGGGCCAAGCAGCCCCGCAGGCGAUACAGGAGCCUGAUGGCAUGGAGCAGCAGCCGCAGCAGCAUCGUGACAGCCCGGGUCAGGCCGCCGAAGCUGCUCCAAGCAGCAGGGCACAGGAUGCGGCAGCAGCCCCAGGGGGCGGCCCCGCCCGCAGCACGGAGGCUGGCGGCUCGGAUGUCGCUACGCCCCUGACGGAGUGGGAUGCCGCGGCUGCCUCAGGUGCCAGCCCCGGUGGCGGAAGCAGCCAUGGCGGCAGUCGGGCAUAUAGCAAGUGGGAGCCCAAUGGGCGAGGAGGCUACACCAAGGCACUCAGCUCCUCAGACCUGCUCAAGCUCCGGCUCAAGGGUGGCGCACUGGGGGCGCACAUCGCCGACGGCGACCACCAAGUGCAGGUGGUGCUGGUGGAGGAUGCCGGCGACGGCGCCGAGGCCGGCUCUGGCGCCCUGCCACAGCACCUACGCCUGACUUGGACAGUGGGGCUGUGGCGGCCCAAGUCGGGGGCAGAGCUGCUGAGCCUGCAGGCUGCGUGGCCCGCCGUGGUGGCAGACCUCAAGCUGGCGCCCGGAGAUUCUGUGGAACUGCAGCCGGAUGGCCGGGACCCUCCGCGGCCAGACGGCACCCGCCGCCCCCGCCUGCUGCUCAGCGUGCGCCGCGGCGCGGGCCGCAGCGCGGUGGUUGGCUUGCCAGCAGCAGGAGCAGCAGCAGCAGCAGCAGCAGCCGCGGGGGCAGCCGGCAGCGGGGGCAGCGCAGCAGGCCGGGCUUUGGUCCCAGAGCAGCUGGCCCGCCUGCAUAGGGAGCUGGCCCACCAAGCCGCAGCGCGCCCUGCCGCGCUGCUGGCGGUGCCGCAGGGAUUCCUGGCAGGCGUGCAGCAGCAGUCGGCACCCCAAGAGCAGCAGCGACGGCAGCAGCAGCAGCAGCAGCAGCAGCAGCAGCAGCAGCAGCAGCAGCAGCAGAACCAGAUGUGA